AUGGAGGCUGACAGAAGCAUUCUAACGUCAGAUAUUAUGGAUUGUAAUAAUGACUUCGAAGGUAACAAAGAUCCAGAUGUAUCACGUAGUGUCUCACGUUCAGUGUCACAAGCGAAACGUGUCGAAAGAGCUUGUUUGGUCGGUGAUGCGAGAAGUGAUACGACAGUCGUUGGUCUGUUGAAGAAUCAUUUUGGUGUUGAUCUAGUGGAGAGUGAAAGCGGUAUGGAGUUUAGAAAUGAUCCAGAUAUGGUUUAUAUUUGUAGUGAUUUUAUUAAUUCACAUCAUUUUAAAUAUCUUCAUUCAUGUGGUAAAUUCAUACUUGGUCCAGCUGUUAUUCGAAUGCGUGCUCAACAGUCUAAGCCUCUGUUGAUUCCUCGUGCAAAUCGUCCAUUGUACACAGAAAGUAUGGCCGGUGUACGAAUAGCGUUGUCACGUGUUCAAGGUAGUCAGUGUCGUGAAGCAGUAAAUCUCGUUCAUUUUAUGGGCGGUAGUGCUCACGAAUCAUUCUCACCUAACGUCACUCAUCUUAUCACGGAUCUCGCGAAGGGAAAAACUUAUCGUAGGGCAAUAUCAAUGGGACGUCGAGCAGUACAUGUUCGCUGGAUACAUUCUGCUUGGGCAUUCAGAGAUGAUAUCAACAAAUCUAUUGUAAAUAGCGAGUUUGUGAAUCAGUUUUUGGUCGAACCGUUUUGUGGUUUGUCACUUUGGUUUAUUGGAGAUAAGGAGGAUGAACUUUUGGAUAUGCGUCAAAAAACUGUUGAGCAUAGUCGGGAAUACACGAUUAAUAAGAAUCAAUUUGUAGAAGGUAAAUUGGCAUCAUCACAAAGCGAAGCAACUCAUAUUGUUGUCUUAAAUAGUCCAGAUGUAUCCGUUGAAGAUUAUACGCCGAAACAAAAUCUUGUUUCUAGCGAGUGGUUUUGGUUAUCGAUCCAGUUGAAUUGUUGCGCAAAUGAAGAGAUCUAUCAAUGGAAUGACCAGCGGCGAUCAAAUCGAAAAAGAGCUGCUGUGUUAUCACCGUCACAGAGUGAUGAACCAAAUCCCUCAUCCAGACGGAUUAAUUCGAGGUCAACACUAAACAAUCUUGAAACAAGCAACUCAUCCGCACUUGCAGAUUACUCGGAACACCUUUUCUCAACCGAUGAUUUAGAAAAGCUAUCAUGUUCACCAAGAAAAACUGAUAUGAGACACGCAGUGUGCAAGGAAAUGCUCGAAACUGAAGAAAAUUAUUUGAAAUCAUUGAAGCUUAUUGUUCAGAGCUUCAAGGAACCUCUAGAAGAACAGUCGAACAAUCCGGAAUCAGGACUUUUGACGAAAGCUGAAAUUAUGCAAAUAUUCUCUCGUGUGCCACCUCUUAUUGAGGUACACGAGAAAAUUUGUUACGAUCUUCGAACUUAUGUUAUGCAUUGGACCGUUGAUCAUCUUAUUGGCGAGAUUUGGUUCAAAAAUGCUGAAAAUUUGAGGCCCGCUUAUAAAUCGUUUCUAACAAAUUAUGAUACAGCUUCAGCAACGCUCAUCCAGUGUGAUCAUGACAAGCCCAAAUUCCAUGCAUUCCUGAAGGCUACGGAAAGUCGGGAGGAGUGUGAGCGUAAUAAUCUCAAGGAUUUGCUAGUGCGUCCGGUUCAAAGACUUCCGUCAGUACUUCUUCUGCUUCGAGCAAUACAAAAGAAAACUGAUUCCAAGAAUCCGGACUAUCCCGAAAUCUUGUCAAGCGCCAGAACAUUAACCAGUGAAUUGCACGUUCUAUCGUUAGGCGGUGAGGAUGAUUGGGCGAAGACUCAAAACAGGAAUAUGGUCAUAUUUCUUUUUAAUGAUCUCAUCGAAAUCGCCAAGGUACGUACCGGUGCUAAUAAUGAAACUGAAUCAGCUGUGCCCAAUAAACUCAACGCAACACGCUCAUUCAAAAGACAGUUGUCAUUUACAUCAUUUCGAGCCAACAAAAAGAAAUAUAAACACCAUCAGCAGUACAUGCUUACAGCGAUUAGGGGUAUUGACAUCGUAACUCAUAAUGAUUUCGAAGGCAUAUUUGUGUUGUCAUUCAGAGUUAGUCAGGGCGAAGAUUUUUGGGUUGUACAGUGCUUUGAGAAUCAGCCUGGCGAAAUGCGAAAAUUCCUAAUGGAUUUAUCAAAUCAAAUAUACUAUUUAUGUGGUCGCGUAACACCGCUGGAAAAUGUUCCUUUGGAUGGUGCGUUUUCAAUAACGCAAAACAAUGAAAAAUGGAUUACGAUAGGCAAAGCCCUACAUCACGCCAAUCGUAAAUGCGCGAUGUCAUCAUCAACAAUGAACUCAAUACCUCAAAAACCGAAUCGUAUUCAACGUGCAGUAUCGAGUAUACAUAUUGGAUUUUCGAAUACUCUAUCACGGUUACAUUCAAAAUCGAAUUUACGUUCCAUAAAUGAACUGUCUUCAUCUUUAAUGUCACCCAACUUAACACCAAAUCAAACUCUUGCUCAUUCUUCAUCAAUAACACCGUGUCGUCGUCUUAAGAACAUUUUAUCAACUUCUGUUUUUAUACCGCCGAGCCUUGGAAGACGUGACUCUGUACGCAAUCAAAUGAAUGUUUCACACAUUUGA